GCCAACCAGCCUCGCGCGAACGAUGGGCCAGUGUAGCUUACUAGAAACUAUUCAGAGCACUGGAAUUGGCUACGACGUUAAGAUUGAGAUGAGGCGUGCCAACAUGUUAUCUGACUAUGGAAGCUAGCCCGGCGUUCGCCGUUCCAAAGUCAGCACUAGAUUCUCUAGACUACAGAUGACAAAUCAUACAGUACCAAGAUCUCUGAUUUUUUAUCUUUUGUUGCCUUUCCCAUCGGUACUGCAGAACUAGUACGAGUAUCUACCUUCCAGAAUGCAUCUCCAACUCUGUCCCCUACAACUUGAAGAUUUUGACGAGCUCGUAUCUCACGCUGCUUCCUACCCACCAGGCGAUGACCUCGUCGGGCCCCCGACCCCAAUCUGCUGUUUGGUAAAGACAAGAGAAGAAGCAGAAGCCCGUUUGACAUUCCACUUCAACAAACAACGAAGCCGCUUCACCGGCGAUCCCACAGUCCGGUAUAUGAAAGUCGUCGAAACCACGAAUGAGAAAUCAUCCAUCAUCAGCAUAGCUCGCUGGCACUUCUACCCCAACGGUUACAACUUCGACACCCAGAUCCAUUGGGAAACGCACAAUCAUAUCCCAGGACAACGCAUUCCCCAGGGCUUCAACAUCCCGCUGCAUAAUCACAUUCUCACCACCCGCGACGGAGCCCGCAGCUCAUGGAUCCCAGCAAACGCGCCGUGCUGGAUCUUAAUGCACAUGGUGACGCAGCCGUCGCAUCGCGGCAAAGGCGCAGCGGGCAUGCUGAUCAAGUGGGGCAUGGAGCAGGCUGAACGGGAUGGGGUGCCGGCGUAUCUUGAAGCUGGUGUCAUGGGCAUGCCGGUUUAUAAGCGCUAUGGCUUUGUGCAGAUGGGGGAUGUGCUGGAGGUGGAAUUGAACGAGUUGGGGCUUGAUAUGGUCUUUCGGAUUUGUCUGAUGGCGUAUUUCCCCGCGCGGUGGAAGGGUGGAGGGGAUGCACGGGUUGGAUAGGAAUGAAAUUCUAGAUUUGAAAAGCGCAUACGAUCCAGAAUACCUGUUGAGCUAAUAAUAGUGUGUAGAGGUGUAGUUUAAGUGCGGAGAUGCUUAACCACCUAUGAUGAUUGUAUUUCCCGUCGAGGCUUCGAUCCGACUGUUUCGUAAGAUCUUCCUCGUACGAGCGCUCUUUGUACGAGCCAAGAUCGGACCCAUCUCUUUGCCAUGAUGGGUGAAGGAUUCAGGAUAUUUUUAGCCUCUAUAGGCCUCCCCGGUUCUCACACCUUCUUGUGGAGAUGUAGACUUACAGGCGUAUUUGGGUAUUCCUAGGUAAGCUCUCGGGUAGACCUCAGAAAGAUGACUC